GCGGGUUCAAGGCCGCCGGAGCCCGGGGGACUGGGGCUAUGGAGGAGCCGCUGUGGCGGACGCCAGCCGGCCGCCUGGCCCCGGAGCACGUGUACCGCAUGGCCGGGGCGCUGGGGGCCGAGCUACAGCGGCUCUCGGGGCGCUUCGGGCCGGAGGCGGUGGCCGGGCUGGUGCCGCAGGUGGUGCGGCUGCUGGAGCUGCUGGAGGCGCUGGCGGGCCCGGCCGGGGCUGAGUCCGGCUGCCGCGACCCGGCCGAGACGCUGCUGCGGACGGUGCAGAGCCUGCGCGGGGAGCGGCGGCGAGAGGAGGCGGCGGCCCCCGGGGCUGAGGAUCUGGAGCAGAAGCUGUCUGAAGCUCAGAGGAAAGAGCAUGUUCUCCAGAACCGGUUGGCCCAGCUGGAGGAAGAAAACCAAAAGCUCCUGGCACAGCUUGCAGAAAGCCAGUCCCAGGAAGACAGCACUUUACGGAAGGAGAGAGAAGUGAUGCUGCGGUUGAAGGAGGUGGUGGACAAGCAGAGGGAUGAGAUUCGGGCCCAAGCCCAUGAGAUAGUCUGCAAGAACCAUGACACAGAGGCGCUGCAGGAGCAAUUAAAUCGUUUCAUGUCCAUGAAUGAGGACCUGCGUCAUAAACUGGCUGUGGUCCAGGUUCAGCUCAAGAGUUCUCUCGAGAAGAAGGAGGAUUUGGAGACCAUGGUGCUGGAAAAUCGGAGGGAAAUUGACAGACUAACUAGGGCUGCAUCUGGAGCAUCCCCCAGGCUCAGUAUGGAUGGAGCAGCAGCACCCGUGGAGGAGCUGCAGCACCAAGACUGGGGGAGGAACUCUGCUCCGAGCUGCUUCUGUAAAGAAGAGUUGAAGCAAAUCCUGCAGGAGCGGAAUGAGCUCAAGACCAGUCUGUUCUUGGUGCAGGAGGAGCUGGCCUAUUACCAACGGGAGCUGCUGAAUGAUGAGCGAAUCCCAAGCUUCCUGCUGGAUGCCAUGAAAUCCACCAUCAAAAAACAGCGGAAAAAAAUCCGAGCCAAGAUGUUGGGGACUGUGGAGGAGCCAGCGAGCAGUGAUGAAGAUGAGAGUGCAGAUUGUGUGGACUCUCAGCCACGUGAAUCCAAAAUCAAGAGCUUUUUUGGUCUGUGGUAUCACAGCAGCAGCAAAGACCCCCCCAACCCAGGCUGCUCAGGAGUGUGGGAAAUCAUUGACUCCCAGGAUGUGCAUUUUGAGCAGGAGGAAGAGAACAAACCCACACAUGGCUCCCCUGACAGAGUGGUGCCUCCUCCCUGACCUCAGCUGAGCAGGAUGCCAGCCUAUGGCCCAUCAGCAGCACCUGCCCCUCCCAGCCCCUCUCUCAGAGACAGUUUCAUGGAGGCUCAGUAGCCUCAGCUCCAUUAGAAACAUUGGUCCCCCAUCGCAGCAGUCAGCCCUGGAGAUGCAGCUGCACAAGACACAGUGAAAGCCUGAUGUGUGUAGGGUUAGAUGGCUGUGGCCACAGCCAAUUCCCACACCUCAUCUGUGUUUGCAGUUCAGAUGCCCCAGUCAAUGCCCAGGCUCCAUUCACACUUGCAGCUUGGCCCCAUCAAAUGCCUGUACCCCAUCCAUGCCUGUGGCUCAGCCCCCAUCGAAUGCCUGUGCCCCGUCUGCACUUGCAGCUCAGCCCCUGUUGAAUGUCCACUCCCCAUCUGCUUGUGGCUUGGCUGCCCCAACCAAUGCCUGCACUGCACCUGUGCUCACGCCUCAGCUGCCUCAGCCAAUGCCCAUACCGUCUCUGCGCUCGCGGCUCGGCCACCCCAGCCAGUGCUUGGCCAUGCUCUCUCUUGGCCACCCUCCUAAGUCUGCGCCUUACCUGUGCUUGUGCCCCAGCUGCCCCAGCCAUCACCCAUGCUCCACCAGCGCUCAUGCCUUGGCCACUGUGGCCAGCACUUAUUCUCACCCCAGCUGGGCUGCCCCAGCCAGCACCUGCAGCUGCAGCCAGGCUGCACUUGCAGCUCAACUUCCUCAUUGCUGGCUGCUGCUCUCAGGCAAGCACCAAUUUUUCUAGCACAAAUGUACCCAAACUAUGGCUCGGUAGAUGUAUUUGCUUCAUGACCUCACGGCAGGACACUGCAAUACACUGACCCCAGAGAAAAGGUGCAAUAGAGCCUCUGGCCAGGGCUCUUCUGUGUUUCGCUAGGAACAUGUAACAGUGACUAGUGCAUGGCACUGGCGAGUGCUCAGGAAAUGGAGGUGUUUUAGUCUUUGGGAGUUUCUCUAUUAUUGGGGCGAUGGGGAUCUCUCUUGGGUAUAUUACUGUCUGGCUUUAGAAUUGAGAUCAGCACCAGAAAUAAAUCCUUUGAGUGUUGCUCAAAGCGCCUGGCAUGGCCUGUGCUUUCUUCUUGCUCUUGUAGGGACUCCCUGGUUGACUGGACUGGUAGUGUCCAGAGGGAGGGGUGGG